UAGUGCAACGUUCGGUGGCACGCAGACACCGAUAAAGUUAAUAGCAGCAGUAGCAAGCAAGCGAUCGGGGCAAAAAUUAAGGCAAUUUACAGUUCAGUGUUCGAGGCAAAGUAGCUUUGCUGUUAAAGAAAGCAAAAAAUAUUUGAAUAAAAAUACGCUGACACUGUGGUGUUUAGAGCAAAAUUGACAAUUUUGAAGAAGAAAUUGAGCAAAAAUACUUUUUGAAAUUUUUGAAAAAUAAAAUAUGUGAAUUCCAAAAAACGUAAAAUAAAACAAAUCAGAAGUGAACUGUUGUUUGAACGCGCGCGCGAAUUCAGAAAAAAAUUGAGUUUGUGUUUGAUUCGUUAAAUUUUCGUUUCGUACAAAAAAACUUUUUUGUUAGCACCAGGCGACUUCAACCAAGAGUUUUCGCGAACAGUACAUUGGCGCAAUAUGAAUAUUCAUUUAUUUUGGUUACCGCUACUAUUAGCGCUGCUCUUUGUGCACACACCAGCCGAUGGCGCUAAGCAAGAAAAGUCGUUACAAAACGACGACAUAAAUGCAUCGCUAGCAACCCCCACUACCGCCAGCAGCGAUACAAAAACAGUUUUGAAAGACAACCUCACUGUCACUGGGAAUAGUGCCACAGCCAAAAUUACCGAGAAAGCCAGCUACCCGAAGAAAGUGCAUUCGCUAAAGAAGCGCCCUACAAAAACCUCAGCUUCCCAUAUGACGACGGCGUCAACACAAAACUCGAAAAACAAGCGCAAGAAAGUGACGGCCGAUGUGACGGCCGCAUUCAAGGAUCUGCCCGCUGACGAUCUGGAGUUCAUCAAGGAGCUGGACAAACAAUUUCAACUGCACGGUGAGAAGAUCAAAAUUAAAGUGGAACACGACAAUAGCACCGGUGAAGAGAAGCAAACUAGCAAACGCACCAUUGACGGCGAGUUAGGCUAUGGCGCUUACCCUGCGCACAAUGGUUACGAGUACGAGCGUCCCAAGUUUAUGUUCUAUCCCUACUCGCAGCACAACAUUCCAGCCGAUGCGCCCGGCUACUAUCCACCCAAAACUGAUGUAAGCAUCGAGCCAUCCUACUCGUAUGAGCUACAACCGCAGAGCUACACAAAGGAGCCGCAGCCGGAGCUGGAGCACAGUGUGCAACAGCCACCAAAAGUGGUCGAUGUGCCACAGUAUGCACACCAAGCGGUGGCCCAUCAAGGGCAGAAUGGCGCUUACGAAGAGCCGGUUAUUGUUUUGCGCAUACCAGGCCCCACUAAGUACGCCUCCCAUCUGCAGACGCUGCUGCAGCAAUAUUUGGAGAUACGUGCGGCUCAAUAUCUACGCAUACUGGAGGAAGCCGAGCACCAUAAGCAACAGGCACAACUACAACCGCUUGGACAGCACCAUCAAGAACACCAAUUGUUGCAGCAUCAGCAUCAGCAGCAACAACAACAACAGCACGAACAACAUGCGCACGUAUAUGAACAGCAAGUACAGCAACAGCACGCGGUGGUCGCACCAGCGCAAGCGUACGCUGAGCCAACGCUCAAGUUACUGCCGCCAACGCAUGCACAGCACACCGCGCCACAGCCCGCGGCAGAGGAGGAACACGGCUACACGGAUGAAGUGACGUACGCACAUCAGUUGGCGCCGACGCCACAAUCGGUUGCAUAUCCCGAAAUCGAUGAUGUCUAUCAAGGCUACAAAGGCAAGCUGCAGGCACACAAAGUUGCCAUUCAACAACAGCACCAUCAACAAGCGCAAGAAGAAGCGGAGCAUCCACAGCAGUUGCAACACGAGCAGCGGUACUUUGUGCACGCCGCACAGCAGCCAGCGGUGCAACAGUACUAUUACGCGCCUGAAGCACAAUUUGACGGGCACGGCGGUGUUCACUACCAAAACGUAUACUUUAUGGCCAUAGCACCACAGGGCGCCUACAAUGCGCAUGCCGCGCACGCCACUACUUUACAACACCAGCCCAUCUAUGUGCAAGAGGAGGAACAGGAGCUGCAACAGCACCACUACCAGCAUCAGCACGAACAGUCACAACAGCAGCUGCAUCUGCAGGAGCAGGAGCAGGAGCAGCAACAUGAGCAACAGCACGAGUUGGCCGCCGCUCAUGACGCUCAUGCCGCUGCCGCACUGAACGAGAACAGUCCGCGUCAAACGCACACCAAAGUCAUAUACACACAUAACAGCGAGAAGGGCGCUGCGGAUUAUGCCGCUGGCUAUGCACUGCCAUCGAUACGGCCAUUUGAGCGUCAUGCCGGCACGUCUGCCACAGCGUACCACCACCAACAACAACUGCAAGCGCAACUGCUGCACGAGGAACAGCACGAGCAAUUGGAACAACAACAACAACAUGAGCCGCAAAUCGAUUACGACACGCCGCCGACACAUGCCGCCCCCGAGCAUGAACAAUCGGCCGCCAUCUCGCCGCGUCCAUUCAACUAUCAUGCGCACAGCGCGAAGGCGGCGCGACGGGGUAAUCGCAAGCGUGGUGCUAGAACGCCAACAACCAUCGCCACGCCAACGGUCGCGCAGGUGGAUGAGCAUUUGCAGAAGAUACGCGAAUACGUGCGCGACAAUUUGGGAGCACAAAUGAGCACAGCAGUGGAGUUCAAAACGACGGCGUUGGUGCGGAGUUAGGUGACGCGACGCGGCAGCGCGGCGAGGAGUGAAAAGGCGCUUAGGUGUAUAAUGUUUUAAUGUGGUGCACGCGCCUUGAAAUAUGCUACGAAAUGUAAAGGCACAAAAGGAAAUGCUAGCGGCACUUAAUAACUAAAUUGAUUUUUUUUUUACUUUUGCGUGUGUAUGUAUGCAUAGUUGUGUGAUUUUUAAGGACCACAUUGCACUGCACACUUCCAACUCAUUUUGUAGUUUUAUAAAAGCUACACUCAAAAUGUUAACUUUUGAUUUCUUAGGAGCGAUUGUUGUAUGCGCCCAGCAGCAACCCAAUCUGAAUACUCUCACAUUUCGUACUGUUAGUCACAAAUUUUUUAAAUGAUUGGCAUAAUUUCAGCUUCCUUUCAAAGAAAAUUGUUCCGCCAAGCAAUGCUAUGAAAAAAUGUAUAGUUUUCUACAUAUUUUUGCAACUGUAGCCGCUUGAAAAUGAGAAACUCGGUGUAGAAAAAUCAAUUCAGUCGGCAAUUCGCGCCAAAAAUGUAUGGGCCUAUGCUGAACAAAAUUUUCACAGAAUUCUCAAAAUCGAACUUUUCUCUAAAUCGUCUAAUUUUGCGAAAUAAAAGAGUGAAAAGAGAAAUAUUUCAGAAAAUCGAGUUCUAAUAUGCCCUGAGCAGAGUAAAAUUAAUUUUAAAAAAAUGUAUAGGCCUGCAAAAUUUGAUAAACAAAAUUUUCAUUGAUCUUUAAGCAUCGUUUUCUAGCCCAGCCAAUGCAAUGAGCUUUACUAAAUGUUCCAUUAAACUAUUCCUAACAUUAAAAUGUUAGUUGAGAAGUGAUCAAUCAAGUGAGCUUUAGUAGUCUUGCCUAUCAGUUAUUCCUAACCUUAAAGUGUACUUUAAUUUUUAUUAAUUUUCUCAACUUCUGGACAAAGAUAAAUUUGUUAAUUCUUAAAGUCCGUUUACUAUUGUAUUUUGUGCAACAAUAUUCAAACCUGGUAUGUCCGUGACUAAAACUAGCCGAUUUUUAUGCAGAUAUUUUGUGCCAUUCUCCUAAACCAAGCAAUAAAGUGAGCUUUACUAAACGUUCCAACAAACUAUUCCUCACCUCAAAGUGCACUUCAACCUUAAUUCACUUUCUCAACUGCCUGACAAAUAAAAAUUUAUUGACUUUGAAACAAAUAAUUCAAAUUUGAUACAAAAAUAUCAAAAACUAACUAUCUUGUUGAACUGCUAAAACCCUGGUAAGGGCAAAUUGUUGGUUAAUGGUUAAUGGUUGUAAAGGGUUAAGGUGUGGUCCUUUAGCACUGCGACCAUAUUGAUCUAUUGUGCACCUGGGCAAAAUUUUACUUCAUUUUAAUCCAACUAUAAAUUUCAAAGGUUGAAUGUUGAUACUUCAAAUAUAACGCCCCGCGCAUUAGCAAGCUUCUGAGAGAAUGAAAAUAUAUUUAUCGGCAUACUAAAGCGAGCGGUAAUGUCAGAGACCACUUGAGAAAUGGUAUUACACCACUAAAGUGACCUUUACUAAACUCUCCAAACAACUAUUCCUAACCUUUAAGUGUUCUUUAACGUUUUUUUUAUUUUCUCAACGCAAAUGCGUGUUUUCGGUAUUGAGCUAUGCACAUUGCUCGAAGCUUGAUGCAAAAAUGUUUCGAAAUCGAAAAAUUUAUAAAAACAGAUUAAAAAAAAAACAUAAAACAAAACAUUUGAAAAUAAAAAUAUCUUUUUCGAAACUAAUUUGGAUUGCAAUACAAAUUGUUCUCGCACGUAAAAUGUCAAAAGCGUUAAUUGACCCCUAAUAAAAAAUAAAUACUUACCUGCUGAGGGGCAACCGCUGUUAGAAAAAUAACUUUUCCCCUGACUCCUAAUGGAUUUGCAUACUUUUGAGCUGCCAUUGCUACUUCUUGAUCACAUUCCUGAAAUCUUCUUGCUCAUAUAGCUCCCUCUCUCUCUCUCCCUCUCUCCAGGUGAAAAUGUGCACCUUCACGCCACUUUAUCUUCUGCUCUCUAGCACCAUUUUUCAAUCCUGCAAUAAGCUGAAUUUUCUACAAUUUGAUCUUUUAUAGCGAUUUUUCACAGUCCCUGGGUCUUACGCCGCUAUGCAUACUUACAUACACAGUUUCGUUGCUAUAACAAAAAACAAAAAAAAACGAAAUUAUAUUUUCGCUUAAGGCCAACACUCCAAAGCCUGCUUAGCUUAGAUGUGUUCGCAUUUUGUAAAGUUCUUCAUUUCAUUUUUACGCAUUUUUCGUUUCAUUUUUAUUCUUGUGCAAUUAGGCAUAAAAGUGAGUUUUUUAGAAUUUUUUGAUUUGUGAGAUGUAAGAUUUAUUUUGAAUACUCUUUAUUUGAAUUUUAUACAAAAUAUUGCCCAUUGGAUAAAACAACAAUAUCUCUAAAAUUACAGUUAAGGUUGUCUGCCAAUUUGAAUACUAAUUCAAGAGAAUUUGCUGCCUCUUCAGCACUUCUCGGACAACUCACUCGGUGAUGAGCGUAAGUGAUGAGGUCUGCCUGAGGUCUCACAGCCGCAUAUGGUAUGACGAUUCCAAAUAGGGGAACAGUUACAUAGCAGAUGAGUAAUCUUCGUUACAGCGGAGAAAUUCUCAUGUGUCUGCUCGUGCUUGCAAACUUCGGAGAGUCAGACAUUCAGCCAUUUUGUAUGUUUUUUGUUGAGUACCGGCCUGUAAGAACUCUGUCUAUCACAGAUACAUAUAGCCUUUUUUUUGUGUAUACACAGCCAGUGCUCGUGUGUGGCCGUGAAAUUCAAUAAACUAUGCUCUCCUCUCGCCUUCUCCUAUUACCUAAGACACUCGUGCGCUGAAACCUGCGUUGCAAAUUCCUUAGAAUUUACUUUUAAACCCAAUUUUUAUUUAUUUUUAUUUCUCUUUUCUUUUUUUUUAUUCAUAUAAUUAUAUUUUUCGUUAAUUGCUUUCAUGCGAUAUAUCUAUAUUUUAUUUUUCUUUAUUAAUCUCUAUUGUAAUUUGUUUUUCAGUGGAAAAUACAAUAUUUUUUUUAACACAUUCAUUCAUAAAGACUAAAAAAAUAAAAAAGGUUUAGUAAAACAAAUUGUAUUAAAUUUGUGCAAUAUUUAGCAUUUAAGAUAUGUACUAUUUUUCCACACUGUGCUCAAUAAAGUUUAACACA